AAACACAACAACUUCCAAGGAAAGCUGUAGUCUUUUUCAAACCUUUUUUAUAGCCCCCAACAAAAAACUAAAAUCCCUUUAACAAGUUUCUACGCUCUGUAACACUGGUAAAAUGGAUCGAGGAAAGAAAUCAAGUAAGCUCCUUGCAAACAAGAAUAGCAAGAACCACAUGGAUCUACAAGAUAUUAUCAGGGAGAGUGCCCUUCCUUUCCUUCCGGCCAAAUCUCUUCAUCGAUGCACUGGUGUCUGUCGGGAGUGGAAGCUUCAGAUCUCGACUCCUUUCUUUGCCCACAACCAGUCAUAUUCUUUCCGUGAUGUAUCAGGCUUCUUUUGUCAAUCCCCAUCAGGCACACCGUCAUUUGUUUCCCUCAAUCGAAUGGCCUAUGGUGUUCCAGACCCUUCUUUGAAGUUUUUGCCCGAACCAGUUGAUAUCAGGUGUUCUUCCAAUGGACUACUCUGUUGCCAGGGUCGCACUGGAUAUCAGGCAUACUACAUCUGCAAUCCUGUUACCCAAAAAUGGAAGAAACUCCCAGAACCUACUGCUAAUCAUGGGACUGAUCCUGCUGUUGUGCUAGUCUUUGAGCCAUCAUUACUGAACUUUGUUGCUGAAUACAAGCUGGUUGUUGCUUUUGCAUCUGAUCUUGAUGGAUUUGAAUUUGAGAUCUAUUCAUCUACAGAUGGAUUUUGGAGAAUUUCUGCUGAGAUUUCUUUUGGCAAGAUGAAACUCCUUCCGAGGACAGGUGUUCAUGUCAAUGGCGUUGUUUAUUGGAGUUCUAGCAUGGGUCGGAUAUUUUCUUUUGAUCUCUCUUGUGAGCGAUCAACAUUCAUCUAUAACAAUGGAUGUAGUUCCUUAGGUGCGGUGAAUGGGAAGCUUCAUACUGCUUGUGUGCAAGGUUCGAAAUUAUCUGUAAAUGAGCUGUCCAAUGCGUACGCAAACACGAUGCAGAUGAAUAGCAGUACAAAAACAUGGCAGGCGAAGCAUGCUGUAACUCUAAACUUUCCAGUACCUGAUCUGUAUCCCCGUUCCUACGAUAAAGAAACUGUGUUGUUUUUAGGUGGUGACAUGGUGGUGAUGCGGUUUGAGAAAAAACUUAUUUCCUAUAACAUGAAGACUAAAGAAUUCACAGAAGUCUUCACUGAAGAGGAUACUUAUUCCAGGAUGGUUCCCUAUGUGAAUAGCCUUGUUGAGAUAUAGUUAGCCCCUCGUCUAAGUUGUAUCGUCAUUUCUAGUACUUUUUGGCCAUAACUUUAAAUCAUGGUUUGGAACUUUGGCUUUCUUUUGGACAUAUUUGUGUGGGGUGCUAGUAAUAGGUUUGUAUUCUCCUGGUUUCUGUGUGGAUUUGAAAAUUCCGGGAACGAUUUGAUUGUCUUUUAUCGUAUUCAUAAAUGAAUAAUUACAUGAAUAUUACUGUUCGACUUCCAGAA